AUGGCUCUUGGAGGUAUCAUUUUCAAAGAAGUUCUCGAGUCUCACCUGAUGUCUUCGAAUUAUGAGACUGGGAAGGCUAAAUCUGAGGCUAAGAUUAACGGGACACUUACAAAAUCUACUAGCGUUGGGUUAAACGGAAAGAACGGAACUAAUUCGAAGAAUGGCGUGCACGACUUACUCGGGUGCCCUGUUUGCAAGAAUUUGAUGUAUCCUCCAAUUCACCAGUGUCCAAAUGGCCAUACAUUAUGUUCUAGUUGUAAGAUAGAAGUCCAUAAUCUCUGCCCAACAUGUCAUCAUGAUCUUGGGAACAUCCGGUGUUUGGCUUUGGAGAAAGUUGCAGAAUCUUUGGAGCUUCCUUGCCGAUAUCAGAGUCUAGGUUGUAACGAUAUUUUUCCUUACUAUGCAAAGCUUAAACAUGAGCAAAGUUGCGAAUUUCGUCCAUACAAUUGUCCAUAUGCUGGAUCCGAGUGUUCUGUGAUGGGUGACAUUCCAACCCUCGUUGCUCAUCUCAAAGAUGAACACAAGGUUGACAUGCACGAUGGAUUCACUUUCAAUCACCGAUACGUUAAAACAAAUCCACACGAUGUUGAAAAUGCCACAUGGAUGCUAACCGUUUUUAACUGCUAUGGAAGGCAUUUCUGCUUGCACUUUGAGGCUUUCCAGCUUGGCACAGCUCCGGUUUUCAUGGCCUUCCUACGGUUUAUGGGAGAUGACCACGAGGGGAAGAAAUUCAGCUACAGUUUAGAAGUCGGUGCAAACGGGCGGAAACUUAUAUGGCAAGGAAUUCCGCGGAGCAUUCGCGACAGUCAUAGUAAAGUUAGAGAUAGUCAAGAUGGACUUAUAAUUCAGAGAAAUCAAGCCCUUUAUUUUUCUGGCGGCAAUAAACAGGAGUUGAAAUUGAGAAUCACGGGUCGAAUAUGGAAAGAAGAUUGA